GAAAAUAGUUGUUAAAAGAAUAUACAACCAACUACAUCCACCAGAUAUUUACAACAACAAAAAAGAAAGAAUCGUUAUUUUAUUUAGAUAUUCUUCGGAAUUCUAAUUUCAAUACUAACAUUUUAAAUCAUACGACCAAGCUAGAAAAUAUAAUGAUAAUGAUGAUACAAAGAUGACACCAUAGAUUUACUUUUGUUGUUGUUGUUGUUGUUGUUUUUGUUUAUUAGUUUUCCGUAGUAUGGCCGUAUGAAAACAUACAUACUCAUCUCUUUUGUUGAUUUUUGCCAUUGGUUUUGCGAAAACAACCAAAUUUCUUCAUAAUUUAUUUUUCCGUUUUGUUUGUUAUUUGUUUUCGAAUACAAUUUAAUUCUUUGUUUUGUCUCUCUAUCUCUAUUGAUGUUUAUUUAAAAAACUAAAUCCGAAUGAUCCAUAAGAUAAUGAAGAAAGCAAUGUCUUCUAAAUCAUCGACCGGAUCGAUGCAUAAAUCUAAAUAUAAAAAAAUUGAUGAGGGCCAAUUAAGAUGUGCAUUCGAAAUGUUCGAUACGAAUCAUGAUGGUAAAUUAAAUUCCGAUGAAAUGAAACAUAUGAUGACAAGUAUUGGUGUAGAUGUAUCGGAUCGUAUGUUGCAGAAAAUAUUUAAAGAAGCAUCAAAAAGUGGUGAUCAAUUAAUUAGUGAACAGGAUUUUCUUCAUUGGUUUUCACGAUUCAAAACACCUAAAGAAGAUGAUGCUGAAGCCGAUUUUAAAGCAGCAUUUUUAGUAUUCGAUAAAGAUAAAAAUGGUUAUAUAACACGUGAUGAACUUAAAUCAGCCAUGUUAAUGAUGGAUGAAUCUAUAACCGAAAGAGAUUUAGAUGAAUUACUUAAAACAACUGAUCAUGAUCGUGAUGGUAAAAUAAAUUAUGAAGAAUUUAUUAAAACAUUACUAUAGCAGUCUAUAUUAUCAUCUUCUUAUAUAUAAUAUAUAAACAUUAAUCAAAGAUCUUUCAUUUAUGCAUUACACCACAUUUAUUAUCUCCA